GCCCCGUGCGGCUUUCGCUAAGCCACGUUGGGCUUGCCUGGUCCGCGGCGGUCCUGUGGGUCGGCUUCCUCGCGGGGCCGGGCUACCCGCACGGGCUUUUUGUCUCGCUGCUCCGGCCCCUCGCCCGCCGCCGCCUCCAGAUGCCGGUUUUCUGCCCCUCCUCGCCCGCCACAGACCUUGCCAGCGCCGGCGAGCGCGCGGGGCCCCUCGGAGCGCAGCCCGGGGAGGCGGCUGGCCACCCCCGGGGCCCUCUCGGCCGGGAGGGCUCGCCCCCGCCCCUCCUUGCGAUUGUCCUCCCCUGCCGACAUGGGCUUUCGCUGACUGCUUCUCGCUUCUACAUUUAGUGACUUAGUUUAUACUCUAGGAUAUAUAUAUAUAUACACACCCUAUAUAUUUUUGUGGUAGUUCCUCUUUAUUCCCUCCCCUUCCAAAUACACAGUCUGUAAAAUGGAGAACGAGAUUUUCACUCCCCUUCUGGAGCAGUUUAUGACUAGCCCCUUGGUCACUUGGGUUAAAACGUUUGGUCCUCUGGCUGCAGGAAAUGGGACCAACCUGGAUGAAUAUGUGGCUUUGGUGGAUGGGGUAUUCUUGAACCAGGUCAUGCACCAAAUUAAUCCUAAGUCGGAGAGUCAGAGAGUAAAUAAAAAAGUCAACAACGAUGCUUCACUUAGAAUUCACAAUCUGUCCAUUUUGGUGAAACAGAUAAAAUUUUAUUACCAGGAAACAUUGCAGCAGUUGAUUAUGAUGUCAUUGCCAAAUGUCUUAAUCAUUGGCAAAAAUCCCUUUUCUGAACAAGGCACGGAAGAAAUUAAAAAGUUGCUGUUACUUUUACUGGGUUGUGCAGUACAGUGUCAGAAAAAGGAAGAAUUUAUUGAAAGAAUUCAAGGCUUAGAUUUUGAUACAAAAGCAUCAGUUGCUGCACAUAUUCAAGAGAUAACCCAUAAUCAGGAAAAUGUGUUUGAUCUGCAAUGGAUGGAGGUGACAGAGAUGUCUCAGGAAGAUAUAGAGCCACUCUUGAAAAAUAUGGCAUUGCAUCUAAAAAGACUUAUAGAUGAGAGAGAUGAACAUUCAGAGACUAUCAUUGAACUCUCUGAAGAGCGAGAUGGUCUUCAUUUUCUACCCCAUGCUUCUUCAUCUGCACAAUCUCCCUGUGGUUCUCCAGGCAUGAAGCGAACAGAAAGUCGACAGCAUCUUUCAGUAGAACUGGCAGAUGCUAAGGCCAAGAUAAGAAGGCUUAGGCAGGAACUGGAGGAAAAGACUGAACAAUUAUUGGACUGCAAACAAGAACUUGAGCAAAUGGAAAUAGAACUGAAGAGGCUGCAGCAAGAGAACAUGAAUUUGCUUUCGGACGCUCGUUCUGCCAGAAUGUACCGAGAUGAAUUGGAUGCACUUCGCGAGAAAGCAGUCAGAGUUGACAAGCUUGAAAGUGAAGUCAGCAGAUAUAAAGAUAGGCUACAUGAUAUUGAAUUUUAUAAGGCAAGAGUUGAGGAAUUAAAAGAAGACAACCAAGUCUUAUUAGAAACAAAAACCAUGUUGGAAGACCAAUUAGAAGGAACUCGAGCUCGUUCUGACAAAUUACAUGAAUUAGAAAAGGAGAAUUUGCAACUAAAAGCUAAAUUGCAUGAUAUGGAAAUGGAACGAGAUUUGGAUAGAAAAAAGAUUGAAGAAUUAAUGGAAGAAAAUAUGACUUUGGAAAUGGCACAGAAACAAAGUAUGGAUGAGUCAUUGCAUCUUGGCUGGGAGCUGGAACAGAUAUCCAGAACCAGUGAGCUGACUGAAGCACCACAGAAAUCCUUGGGCCAUGAGGUGAAUGAGUUGACAUCAAGUAGGUUAUUGAAAUUGGAGAUGGAAAACCAAAGUUUGACAAAAACUGUAAAAGACCUUCAAAGUACUAUGGAUUCUGUAGAAGGCAACACUUCCAAAAUCUUGAAAAUUGAAAAAGAAAAUCAAAGACUGAAUAAAAAGGUUGAAGUUCUUGAAAAUGAGAUUGUUCAAGAAAAGCAAACUCUUCAGAAUUGCCAGAAUUUAAGCAAAGAUCUAAUGAAAGAGAAAGCACAGCUUGAAAAAACAAUUGAAACACUUAGAGAAAAUUCAGAAAGACAGAUUAAAAUAUUGGAACAAGAGAAUGAGCAUUUGAAUCAAACAGUAUCUUCUUUACGUCAACGGUCCCAGAUAAGUGCUGAAGCAAGGGUGAAAGACAUUGAAAAAGAAAAUAAAAUUCUCCAUGAAUCUAUCAAAGAAACAAGUGGAAAGCUAAGCAAGAUGGAAUUUGAGAAAAGACAGAUCAGAAAAGAAUUGGAACAUUAUAAAGAAAAAGGUGAACAAGCAGAAGAACUUGAAAAUGACUUGCAUCGUCUUAGAAAAGAAAAUGAAUUGUUACAGAAAAAGAUAACUAAUUUAAAAAUUACUUGUGAAAAAAUUGAGGCCUUAGAACAAGAAAAUUCAGAGCUAGAACGAGAAAAUAGAAAAUUUAAAAAAACAUUGGAUAGCUUUAAAAAUAUUAAUUUUCAGUUAGAAUCCCUAGAAAAAGAGAAUUCCCAACUUGAUGAGGAAAACUUAGAGCUGCGAAGGAAUGUGGAAUCUUUGAAGUGUGCAAGCAUGAAAAUGGCUCAACUACAACUAGAAAACAAAGAACUGGAAAGUGAAAAAGAGCAACUUAAGAAGGGUUUAGAGCUCAUGAAAGCAUCUUUCAAGAAGACAGAACGACUGGAAGUCAGCUACCAGGGAUUAGACACAGAAAACCAAAGGCUACAAAAAGCUCUAGAAAAUAGCAAUAAAAAAAUUCAACAAUUAGAGAGUGAACUACAAGAUUUAGAGAUGGAAAAUCAGACAUUGCAGAAAAACCUAGAGGAGCUGAAAAUAUCUAGCAAAAGACUAGAACAGCUGGAAAAAGAAAACAAAUCAUUAGAGCAGGAGACCUCUCAAUUAGAAAAGGACAAGAAACAACUGGAGAAGGAAAAUAAGAGACUCCGACAACAAGCAGAAAUAAAAGAUACCACCUUAGAAGAAAACAAUGUGAAGAUAGGAAACUUAGAAAAAGAAAACAAAACCCUGUUCAAAGAAAUUGGUAUAUACAAAGAAUCUUGUGUUCGAUUGAAAGAAUUAGAAAAAGAAAAUAAGGAGCUUGUAAAGAGAGCAACUAUUGACAUUAAAACCUUAGUUACAUUGCGUGAGGAUUUGGUGAGUGAAAAAUUGAAGACUCAACAAAUGAACAAUGAUCUGGAAAAAUUAACUCAUGAGCUUGAGAAGAUAGGGUUAAAUAAAGAGCGACUCUUACAUGAUGAGCAAAGUACUGAUGACAGUAGGUAUAAACUUUUAGAAUCAAAAUUAGAAUCAACUCUUAAGAAGUCUCUUGAAAUCAAAGAAGAAAAAAUUGCUGCUUUAGAAGCUCGGUUAGAAGAAUCUACAAAUUACAACCAGCAGUUGCGCCAAGAACUUAAAACAGUGAAAAAAAAUUAUGAAGCUCUCAAACAGAGACAAGAUGAAGAAAGGAUGGUGCAAAGCUCCCUUCCAGUAUCUGGUGAAGAUAAAAAAUGGGAACGCGAAAGUCAAGAAACAACUAGAGAGCUUCUAAAAGUUAAAGACAGAUUAAUUGAAGUAGAACGAAAUAAUGCUACCCUGCAAGCAGAGAAGCAAGCAUUGAAAACUCAAUUGAAGCAACUUGAAACGCAGAACAAUAAUUUGCAGGCACAGAUUCUGGCACUUCAGAGACAGACGGUGUCAUUACAGGAACAGAACACCACUCUUCAGACACAGAAUGCUAAGCUUCAGGUUGAAAAUUCCACCCUUAAUUCCCAAAGUACUUCGCUUAUGAACCAGAAUGCACAACUCUUAAUCCAGCAGUCUUCCUUAGAAAAUGAAAAUGAAUCCAUAAUAAAAGAAAAAGAAGACUUGAAAUUGCUCUAUGAUUCUCUGAUCAAAGAUCAUGAAAAGCUAGAACUUCUUCAUGAAAGGCAGGCUUCAGAGUAUGAAUCGCUCAUCUCUAAGCAUGGAACUCUAAAGUUUGCCCACAAAAAUCUUGAGGUGGAACAUAAAGACCUUGAAGACCGUUACAACCAGUUAUUAAAACAGAAAGGACAAUUGGAAGAUUUGGAAAAAGUGCUUAAGAUGGAACAGGAAAAAAUGCUGCUUGAAAGCAAAAACCAUGAGAUGGUAGCUUCAGAGUACAAGAGACUUUGUGGGGAAAAUGAUAGGUUAAAUCAUACAUAUAGUCAGCUUUUAAAAGAAACUGAAAUUUUACAAACUGACCAUAAAAAUUUGAAAAGUCUUUUAAAUAAUUCUAAACUGGAACAAACAAGGUUAGAAGCGGAAUUUUCAAAGCUAAAAGAACAGUACCAACAACUGGAUAUCACAUCCACCAAGCUAAAUAACCAGUGUGAGUUACUCAGCCAACUUAAAGGAAAUUUGGAAGAAGAAAAUCGACAUUUACUAGAUCAAAUUCAAACACUAAUGCUACAAAACAGAACACUGCUGGAGCAGAAUAUGGAAAGCAAGGACCUUUUUCAUGUUGAACAAAGACAGUACAUUGAUAAGUUAAAUGAAUUGAGACGACAAAAAGAGAAAUUAGAAGAGAAAAUCAUGGAUCAGUACAAAUUUUAUGACCCAUCUCCUCCUAGAAGGAGAGGCAACUGGAUUACUCUAAAAAUGAGAAAAUUGAUAAAGUCCAAGAAAGAUAUUAAUCGGGAACGACAGAAAUCUCUAACCUUAACACCAACUCGCUCAGACUCCAGUGAAGGAUUUCUUCAACUGCCCCAUCAAGACAGUCAAGAUAGUUCUUCAGUGGGGUCAAACUCUUUAGAAGAUGGCCAAACACUGGGAACCAAGAAAAGCAGCAUGGUUGCACUGAAAAGACUGCCCUUUUUGAGGAACAGACCGAAGGAUAAAGACAAAAUGAAGGCCUGCUACCGUCGUUCCAUGUCCAUGAAUGACCUGGUGCAAUCCAUGGUCCUAGCAGGAGGACAGUGGACAGGUAGUACUGAGAAUUUGGAGGUUCCUGAUGAUAUUUCUACGGGUAAAAGGAGAAAAGAAUUGGGAGCUAUGGCCUUCUCUACUACAGCCAUCAACUUUUCAACUGUCAACUCUUCUGCAGGCUUCAGACCCAAGCAGUUGGUUAAUAAUAAAGAUACUACAUCCUUUGAAGACGUAAGUGCACAAGGUGUUAGUGAUGAUUCUGGUAGUAUGGGAUCAAGAGUUCAUGCUUCAAGACCAGCUAGCCUUGAUAGUGGCAGAACAUCGACUAGCAAUAGCAAUAAUAAUGCUUCACUCCAUGAAGUCAAAGGUGCAAUUAAUAACCAAAGCAGGCCACAAAGCCACAGCAGUGGAGAAUUUAGCCUGCUUCAUGACCAUGAGGCUUGGUCCAGCAGAGGUAGCAGUCCAAUCCAGUAUUUGAAAAGACAGACCAGAUCAAGUCCAGUACUCCAGCACAAAAUGUCUGAAACACUAGAAAGUCGAGCACAUCACAAGAUUAAAACUGGUUCCCCUGGAAGUGAAGUUGUUACUCUACAACAAUUUUUGGAAGAAAGCAACAAACUUACCUCAAUACAGCUAAAGUCCUCAAGUCAUGAGAAUCUUUUAGAUGAAGUAAUGAAAAGUUUGUCUGUCUCUUCUGACUUUUUGGGAAAAGACAAGCCAGUUAGCUGUGGUCUGGCCAGGUCAGUAAGUGGAAAAACUCCAGGAGACUUCUUUGAUAGACGGACAACUAAGCCUGAAUUGGUAAGACCUGGUCCUCGAAAGACUGAAGAUGCCUGCUUCAUUAGUUCUGCAGGGAAACCUACACCAGGCACUCAAAAAAAGAUAAAACUAGUAAAAGAAACCUCUCUGUCACGACAAUCAAAGGAUAGCAAUCCUUAUGCCACUUUACCUCGUGCAAGUAGCGUGAUCUCUACUGCUGAAGGAACAACACGAAGGACAAGCAUCCAUGAUUUUUUGACCAAGGACAGUAGACUACCUGUGUCAGUUGAUUCACCACCAUCUUCUGCUGAUAGCAACAUCACAGCAGCAUCUAAUGUGGACAAAGUACAAGAAAGCAGAAAUUCAAAAAGCAGGUCUAGGGAGCAACAAAGCUCCUAAAUGUGUUACCCACUGCAUGACAUGUGGGCCAAGUGAGAGAAAAGUGUCCUUCCAUUUCUCAGUAUGAAGACUUUGUUUCUGAAGUAACAAGACACCUGGCAACUAUAGAAACCAUUUUUUUAAAAAAUCCUUAAGGAGACUUUUAACAAAUCUUCGGGAAUAGAGCAGGCAAGAAAUACAGACUUCAUUCGUUCAUUCCUUCCUUGAAUCAAGGAGCACUACUGGAUUCAACUGCCAGAAGUUUUAGAAGGUUUUAAGACAUGUAACUAUACAUUGUAUUAAACGCUACUGAAUAAAGGACAUUCUCUCACUGUGUUUUAAAAGUCAAGUAUUCUAAGAACAGUCUGCUUUCAACAUUUGCUUAUGAAUUUAUCCAUUUUUGCUUAAUGCUUCUGCUAAGUAUUAUCUAAAAACUAGCUACUUAUACUUAGUUGUAUAAAUCUAAAUUAAAUGCUGUAGUAUUUUGUGGAAUGUAUUAUAUAUAUCAAGAUAGAGAAAAGUGUUUUGGCAUGUCACAGCCUUUUUCAGUUACCAAAUUGCAUGUGUUGGUAUGUUGUUUUUAUAGCCAAUUAUUUGGAUGCACUGCAAAAGAAAUUCAGCUUAUAAGGAACAACAGAACAAUUAAUAAUGGAGAUAAAGGAAUUAUAAAAAAUGUAGUGAUAUUAAUCUUCCCAUAUUCCCUACUAAGCUGCAUUACAUAUUCAUACAUGGAUCCAAGAUAAAAAUGUUUUUCUAAAACCUUUUUUACUAUGAUGGUUUUCCAGCAAAUAGCAUUUCCAAGAUAAAGCUGUGGAGUUUUAACUCAUUUCACUUCUUUGCUAUUGGGUUAUGUGUGUGUGGUUUUUUUAACAUGAGAGCUGAUUAUUGCUUCAGAAGUUUUCUUACAGCAAAAAUAAUGUAAAUAAUUUCUAUGACCAACAUUUUGCCAGGAACUCAUUUGCUAUUAAGGUUAUCAUUUAUUAAUAAGAAUUUUUGUUUUUUCCUUUAUAAUACUACAUUAAAGUUGGUAGCUAUUAUAGGUACUUUUGAAAUAUUUGUAUGUUUAUUACCUUAAACAUUUAAAAGAAGCACAAAAAUGUAGAUUUAGUUAACCCAGGGAAGCAUCAAUUUUUUAGUAGUUCCAGUUUUAUAUCACAGUUUUAUUUUCUUAUGAAGUCCAAAUAAUGCAUUGCUUCUCAGUAAGACAAGUUCAUUUUUUAACAUAAAUACUCAAGCAAUCUUUUGAAGUGAGAUACUAUUUUUUACUUUAACAAAUACUUCUUAGGCUCUCAUUAAUAGCUGUAAAGAAUUUUUUGAAAUAAUUCUAUAAUGUAUGUUUUACAAACUGUAUAUCAUCACUAACCCAAUAUCCGUGAGAAAAGUCCCCCUCAUAAGCCAGUAGCAGUGUUGUGACCUUUGGAAAGACCAUCAAUAAAAAUAAAAAAUAAAGAAGACAAAACAUUUGACCAGAAAUUGAAAUGAAUGUUAAGAGAACUUGGAUUUAUUUAACUUAAUGCUGCCAUAAUGUAGGCUUUGCCACAAAUAAUGCUAUAAAAUCAGGUCAUUUAAAAACUCCUGAAUGAAAGGUGCUAUGUAAAUGUAAAUAUAAAGGAUUCUUAUGAAAAUACAAAUAUUGCACAGCAGAAAUAAAAAAAUUCAUUAUCUAGGCUUUGAAAUACCUUUCUCCAUCAUGACUCCCUUGAGUUCAAGUCUCAAAUUGAUAAGUAGGUACCAUGGCAGUCUAGAGACAUCCACAUGUAAAAAAAUACAAAUUCAUUUUUUGUUAGUUGAAAGGCAAUGUAGAAUUAUGUUUUAUCUAAGUACAGUAAGUAGGUAACUUAGAUUUAUAUUAACUAGCAUCUAAUUUGCACAACUAGGACAUAUCCCAGGACAAUUACAGAAAGUUGAAAAUUUUAAUGACUGUGAGGUGGCCCAGUGUGGAUGAAUAAUAAGUUUGACCUCUCCACAAUACUAAUAUCUUAAAACAGAGAACCUGCUCAGUUAACCAGCACAUUACCACUUCCACAGAAAAUGCUAAAUGAAAGCCUGUAAUGAAUUUAUGUACACUGAGACUAAAUGCAAAACUAUUCUCAAUUAUAUUCAUUAUCUUGUUCAUACCAUUUCAAAGAAAGGAUUAGAUAAUAACCACAUGAAAAUGUUGUUUCUCCAGAAAACCUUCAGAACCAGACUUUGUAGGAAGCUGUUCUUUUCCCUUAAAUACUUCUGCUAAACAAAAGAUUAGAGCCAGCUGGAAACCAGGGCCAUUUCCCUAACCAAGCCUGACAUGCUUUUAAUUAUCUAGCUCUAUUUUAAACCAACACCUAAAUCCCCAAGGAAACUGAAAAAUUCAAUAUGCAGAGUAAUCACUUUAGCCCAGAGCUCUAAUAAUGUGCUUCACAUCUGGCCAUGUGGAAAUGAUUUGGUCCAAGUUUUUGAACUGGAGGUUACCAAAGAUUUCUUGAGACAGGUUCACAUGUAGCACCUUCCAUGCAAGGCAUAUUAAAAGCCUCUAUUUAGAAGUCACUGUGCAUAUUACAGAAUCGUAGCCACCUCACAAGUGAAGUACUACAGCCUGCACUGUCUUAACAGUUUUUGUCAGGAAGUGAAAUGACACUUUACCAAAUCUGGAAAUACAAUGGGGAGUAAUAAUGUAUCUAAAUUACUUUGUAUUUUAAGUUACUUUUUAUGAGAAAAGUGGUGAAUUGUCUUCUUUUAUACAGUUUUUCUUCGUCCUGAGAUGUAUUUUUUAUUUAAGUCUUGAAUGAAUAAUACAAAAAGAACCCAUUUUAUAAUAUAAAGCUUGAUGUACACAUUAAGAUAUUUGGACAAUGAAAAUGCCUUAAAAGGAAUGCUUAGUGGGUAACGUUGCACUUACAAACACCUUUUAACAAACCUAAUUCUAAAUUUUCUUUUCUACUAUAAGGGUUCACUUUUUCAGUGUUUGCCAUUGUACUUAUAAGUGUUAUUAAAUACUAGACCAAAUAAUAUAAAAGCUGUAACAUUUCCUUUAAAACUAAUACUAAUGAGGGGUGUAGAGUUGAAUGGCAAAACAUUUUUACUUGGAAAUGAUUGAUAUCAGCCACAGGAGUCCAGUGCAUGACAAGAGAUACCUCUGUUUGGUUGAUAAGUCUUCAUUUUCAUUUUUAUUUGAUUCUCUCUUAAAAUUUUCAUUGAAUUAGCCUUUACUUUGCAAACUGAUAUAAAAAGAAAUAAAACAAAGAGAUAAUUUUUAUAACAAGUGGUUAGUAAUCAUUUUUAAAUUAUAGCUUAUGAGACAAGUUUUAUUCUUUGUCAUGGAGAACUAUUUUCAGACACAGCCUAUAACUUUAUCCUAAUCAUUUCUGGGUAAGUUUUAAGAGGUUUUGGGGAGAAAGAGAAGUCAGUUCUGUCAAUCCUAUUCUAGGUUUAAUGCAACCUAUAUUAGUCCCCCUUAUUUGAUGGAGGGGUAUGUCCCAAGACCCUCAGGGGAUGCCUGAAACCAUUAUGUUUUCCUACACAUGCAUACCUAUAAGAAAGUUUAAUCUGUAAAUUAGGUGUAGUAAGAGCUUUACGAUAGUAACUAAUAAUAAAGUAGAACUAUAACAAUA